CUCUCUCUCUCUCUCUCUCUCUCUCUUUCGCUCUCGCUACAUUAUAAUUAUAAUGGGUGAUAGGGGAGUGCGAAGGGGGAGCUAGGGUUAGGGUUAGGGUUUUACGUUCUGUCGGAACGAAGGGGCAGAGGGAGGAGGGUGUUGGGAGCUCGGUGAUGCGGGAGCGAGGAGGCGCUGGGCUCCCGCCACUGCCGAGGGUUCGGAAGAAGAGCGGGGUUUGGGUUUUCUAGGGUUUGGGCGCGGGAUCUUCUCCGUUGGAAGGGAAACGGGUGGGGACAUGGCGGCGAUGGUGGUCGCGGGGAAGGAGAAGGGCGCCGGGGCGGCGGCGGCGGCGGCGGCGGCGGCGGCGGCGGCGCUGUCGCAGCAGCAAAUAGACGCGGGGAAGUACGUGCGGUACACGCCGGAGCAGGUGGAGGCGCUCGAGAGGGUCUACACCGAGUGCCCUAAGCCGAGCUCGAUGCGGCGGCAACAGCUUAUCCGGGAGUGCCCCGUCCUCGCGAACAUCGAGCCCAAGCAGAUCAAGGUUUGGUUCCAGAACCGCAGAUGUCGCGAGAAGCAGAGGAAGGAGGCCUCUCGUCUUCAAACUGUGAAUCGCAAGCUAUCUGCGAUGAACAAGCUGUUGAUGGAGGAAAAUGACCGGCUACAGAAGCAGGUGUCUCACCUUGUCUAUGAGAAUGGCUACAUGCGCCAGCAACUUCACACUGCUUCUGUGGCAACUACAGACACAAGCUGUGAGUCUGUAGUGACAAGUGGUCAGCACCACCAACAGCAAAACCCAACACCUCAGCAUCCUCAAAGGGAUGCCAACAACCCAGCUGGUCUACUCGCAAUAGCUGAGGAGACCUUGGCAGAGUUCCUAUCCAAGGCGACUGGAACUGCUGUCGAUUGGGUUCAGAUGGUUGGGAUGAAGCCUGGUCCGGAUUCUAUUGGAAUCAUUGCUGUUUCUCACAAUUGCAGUGGGGUAGCAGCGCGAGCUUGCGGCCUUGUGAGUCUUGAACCCACAAAGGUCGCGGAGAUCCUCAAGGAUCGUCCAUCUUGGUUCCGCGAUUGCCGUUGCCAUGAUGUGUUAACUGAAAUUCCUACUGGAAAUGGUGGAAAUAUUGAGCUUAUCUACAUGCAGACCUAUGCUCCUACUACCUUGGCAGCGGCAAGGGACUUUUGGACGCUCAGAUACACUACUGGUCUAGAAGAUGGCAGUCUUGUGAUUUGUGAGAGAUCCUUGACACCUUCGACGGGUGGCCCUUCUGGGCCUCCUGCUCCAAAUUUUGUGAGAGCUGAGAUGCUUCCCAGCGGCUAUCUGAUUCGACCAUGUGAGGGGGGCGGCUCCAUGAUUCACAUUGUGGAUCAUGUUGAUCUGGAUGUUUGGAGUGUACCUGAGGUUCUCAGGCCCCUAUACGAGUCACCAAAGAUUGUUGCACAGAAAAUGACAAUUGCAGCAUUGCGUCAUAUUAGACAAAUCGCUCAAGAAUCAAGCGGUGAAAUCCCGUAUGGUGGAGGUCGUCAGCCUGCUGUUCUAAGAAAUUUCAGCCAGAGACUUAGCAGGGGAUUCAACGAUGCUGUGAAUGGAUUUGCUGAUGAUGGUUGGUCAUUGAUAAACAGCGAUGGCGUUGAGGAUGUUACAAUCGCUAUCAAUGCAUCACCUAACAAACUUUUUGGAUCAAAUAUCAGCUGUUCGCCACUCUUUUCUGCUAAUGGCGGUGGCGUUUUAUGCGCAAAGGCAUCAAUGUUGCUUCAGAAUGUUCCACCUGCUCUACUCGUCCGUUUCCUGAGGGAGCAUCGCUCUGAGUGGGCCGACUGUGGUAUUGAUGCUUAUUCUGCUGCCUCUCUGAGGGCCAGCCCAUAUGCACUUCCUGGAUUGAGGUCUAGCAGUGGUUUUCUGGGUAGUCAGGUUAUAUUACCUCUUGGACAUACAGUGGAGCAUGAAGAGUUUUUGGAAGUGAUUAGGCUCGAAGGCCAUGGGUUCCAUCAAGAUGACAUUGUUCUAUCGAGAGACAUGUAUUUGCUACAGGUAUGUAGUGGAGUGGAUGAGAAUGCUGUUGGUGCAUGUGCACAGCUUGUUUUUGCGCCCAUUGAUGAAUCUUUUGCUGACGAUGCCCCUCUACUACCCUCUGGUUUCCGUGUGAUACCCCUGGAUGCUAAAACAGAUGCACCCACUGCUACUCGAACACUUGACCUGGCAUCUACCCUUGAGGUUGGAUCCGGUGGUGCGGCACGCUCUCCUAAUGACACUUCAAAUGCAUACAACUCGAGAUCAGUACUUACCAUAGCAUUUCAGUUCAUGUACGAGAACCACCUCCGAGAGAAUGUUGCUGCAAUGGCCAGACAAUAUGUUAGGAGUGUGGUCGCGUCAGUACAGAGGGUGGCUAUGGCUAUUUCACCUUCACGCCUUGGUGCUCAGAUUGGUAUGAAGCAUCCCACCGGCUUUCCUGAAGCUCAUACUUUGGCUAGGUGGAUUUCUAGGAGCUACAGGUUUCAUACUGGUGUGGAGCUCCUCCGAGCUGAUUCGCAAACCAACGACACUCUUUUGAAGCUGCUGUGGCACCAUUCUGAUGCUAUCAUGUGCUGUUCUUUAAAGGCUUCGCCCGUGUUUACUUUCACGAAUCAAGCCGGUCUGGAUAUGCUUGAGACAACCCUGAUAGCUCUUCAAGAUAUUACUCUUGAGAAAAUUCUCGACGAGAGCGGUCGGAAGGCCCUCUGCUCCGAAUUUCCCAAGAUCAUGCAACAGGGCUUUGCUUAUCUGCCUGGAGGCAUCUGCAUGUCGAGCAUGGGGAGGCCGGUGUCGUACGAACAGGCCGUGGCGUGGAAAGUGCUCAACGAAGAGGAUUCUCCUCAUUGCCUUGCUUUCAUGUUCGUCAACUGGUCUUUUGUUUAAGUUAUCUACUACUAAAUAUUAUCACCCUUAAAAAAAAACCCUCCUUGGGAUGUUGUGGAAACUUCUCUGCCGGACCUUUCAUGUUGUGUUGGCUUGUGAAAACUCUUCUGAUAUCCGUAAACUUAAUAUCCAUGGAACCUAUGCUUUAUUAUUAUUAUUAUCUACUACAUCUGUGUGUGUUCUCUUCAA